AUGCUGUCCGUUUCACUGGAAAAGAAUUCUGGCUUGUUUGGAAAGGAUGUCUAUGACGAGACAAAAGAAAACAAGCCCAAAUACGAGCACGACGAAGGGUUGGAGUUUGGGUCAGACUUUGACUUUGAUGGCGAGUUUGAAAAGUAUGCUGCCAUGGGUGCUGCCGAAAAGCAGUCGGGCGCUUGGAUGACCAAUUUUAAAAACCUCGAAUUCCCUCUUGGGGUAUCUCCGUCGACGUUGGUCACGACGUUGGGUAUAUUUGCUGCCUUCUGUGGUAUUCUUUCUGGUGUCGACCAGUCGUUGAUCUCGGGUGCUUCCAUCGGUAUGGACAAGUCGUUGCACUUUAACAGCCACGAAAACUCGUUGGUAUCGUCGCUCAUGCCGUUGGGCGCAGUUGCUGGUUCUAUUCUCCUCACCCCGUUGCAGAAGUUUGGGCGUAAGAAGGCGCUCAUGGCAUCCUGUAUCUUAUACACUAUUGGUGCAAUUUUGUGUGCAGCCGCACCCAUCCCGAAAGAAUUGGCUGAUGGCACCUUCAACAACCAUAGGUCCAGGGACGUCAUGUACGCCGGAAGAUUUAUUUUGGGAAUUGGUGUGGGCAUUGAAGGUGGUGGUGUUGGUGUGUACAUCAGUGAGUCGGUACCCAGUAGCAAGCGUGGGAGUCUUGUUUCGCUUUACCAACUCAGUAUUGCCCUUGGGGAGGUGUUGGGGUAUGCCAUUGCUGCUAUUUUCUACGAGGUGCAUGGAGGGUGGCGUUUCAUGGUUGGCUCCUCGUUGGUGUUCUCCACCAUUGUGUUGAUUGGUCUUUUCUUCUUGCCAGAGUCGCCGCGUUACUUGGUGUUCAAGGGGAAGUUUGGCGAAGCAUUCAAUGUGUUUGCGCGGUUGAGAGACUUGGGCGACAGACACAGCAAGAUCGAGUUUGUCCAGAUGGUCCAGGCUGCGGAGGCAGAAAGAGAGUUGCGUCUCACACAGAACAAGAGCAAGGUGUGGUUUGAGUUGGUCACCGUCCCCAGAAACCGCCGUGCCUUGGUGUACGGUGUUGUGAUGAUCACCUUGGGUCAGUUGACCGGUAUCAAUGCUGUAAUGUACUACUUGUCGACGUUGAUGAGCAGAAUCGGGUUUUCCACAAAGAACUCAGUGUUCAUGUCCUUGGUAGGUGGCGGGUCGUUGCUUCUUGGUACCAUUCCGGCAAUCUUGUACAUGGACAAGUUUGGCCGUCGUGUGUGGGGGUAUAACCUUGUUGGGUUCUUCAUUGGGUUGGUGUUGGUUGGAGUUGGAUACUCGAUCGACAUCGAAACAAACUUGGCUGCCGCUGAAGGGGUCUAUCUCACUGGUCUUAUUUUGUACAUGGGCUUUUUCGGGUCGUAUGCCUGUUUGACAUGGGUUGUGCCAGCCGAAUCGUUUUCGCUUGGGACUAGAUCUCAGGGUAUGACCAUUUGCUCGGCGUUGUUGUAUUUGUGGGCGUUCACUGUCACAUACAAUUUCAACAGAAUGAAGGAGGCCAUGACGUACACGGGGUUGACGAUUGGGUUCUACGGUGGUAUUGCGUUCCUUGGUUUCUUCUACCAGGUGUUGUUCAUGCCAGAGACCAAGGGUAAGACUUUGGAAGAAAUCGACGAGAUAUUUGAAAAACCAUCGAGACAGCUUAUCAAGGAGAAUCUUCUGGGCUUGAAGAGAUUCUGGGGUCGUUAA